AGAAAAAGAGUGUAUGUGUGUGUGUGUGUGAGAGAGAGAGAGAGAGAGAGAGCCACAUCAUCUGACAGUGACUGGCUGAGCCAGAGGAAGAGGGAGGCUGCUGUGGAGAAAAAGAGUUUGAGGGGAGAGAAAGGAAAAGGGGCGUAAGAUCACAAGACGAGAAAAAAAGCAGGGAAAAAAACCGGAGCGUUAAGAAGUGAACGAAAAGCGGUGAAGAAAGUCAUCAGUGAAAGACUGGAACUUUUGGAAGGCGAGGCUGUUCGCGUUUAUCUGUCGCUGAGCACGGAGCACGGUAGCGGAGAGCGGCCGGGGGGGUGGUGGAGGCUCAAGUCAACGGGGGGAAGACAAUCUGAACCCGUCACUGACUUAUGGGCCGAUUUAUAAGCUGCCGAAUUCAUGCGCUUCGUGCCUGGAUGCCGAAAAACGGGAACGUUUGGGCUGGAGCGAAGGAUAACUCUCUCCAACAUGUCGAGCCUCCAAAAAGACACCACGCCUGAAGACUCCAACAACCAGAGCUUCUGGAUGCCAGGGAAUUAUCAGCGCACCGUCCGACGCACCGAAGACGCUUUCCAAGCAUGCAAUGACAUUGUAGCGUGCUUCCAGGAGAGGGCUCGAGUGGAGAGGCAGUAUGCACAGCAGCUCAGUGAGUGGAGCAGCAAGUGGAAGCCCGUGGUGGAUUCCAGUCCACUCUACGGCUCUCUACUACGGGCAUGGCAGUGCUUUCUCACCUCUGCCGACCGCCUGUCUGUCCUGCACGCAUCCAUCUGUCGAUCCCUUGUUUCCGAAGAUGGUGAUAGGGUGAGGACCUGGCAGAAGGAGACCUUUCACAAGAAGAUGUUUGGGGGCUUUCGAGAGUCACAUGACUUCGAAACGGGUUUCGCUCGUGCCCAGAAACCCUGGGCUAAAAGGCUGAAGAAGCUGGACAAAGCACGUAUCGCGUACCACAAGGCCAGCCGCAAGGAGCAUGCUGCCCAGGAGCGGGAGACCCACGCCAGAGGGAACCCUGACAUCGCCAUUGAGAAGCAGAAGAAGAUCCAGGAGGAGAGGGAGCAGGCUAGAGAAGAGAAAGAGCGAGUGCGUGCCCGCUAUGAGAAGGUUCUGGAAGAAGUUACACGUUAUGCUCCACGUUACAUGGAGGAAAUGGAGUCCGUUUUUGACCAGUGCCAGGAGGAAGAGCGGAAGAGGAUCAGCUUCCUCAAACAGGCUUUCCUCUCCAUACACAGACACCUCGAUGUCACCAACAAUGAGAGUGUGAAGGCUGUAUACAGUGAACUCCAUCACACCCUGAUGUCCAUCAGCGAGCAGGACGACUUGCGCUGGUGGAAGAACAACCAUGGCCCCGGCAUGCCGACUGACUGGCCACACUUCCAGGAGUGGACUCCACCUGAGAAGAAGCAGAAGAAAGGAAAGAAGGAGGUUGUGCAGAAUAGCCCAGAAAGAAAUGUGAUGAUCGGAGGUAUAAGAGUGAGGGCUCUAUAUGACUACGUGGGUCAAGAAACGGAUGAACUAUCCUUUAAAGCAGGUGAGGAAUUCCUCAAAACCGAAGAGGAGGAUGACCAGGGAUGGUGCCGAGGGAUGAAGGAUGGAGGAAGAGAAGGGCUGUACCCAGCCAAUUACGUUGAAGUCAUACAGUAAUGUAAUGUUGCCACAAGAGGAGUGUAAUGCUACAGCAAAGAGAAUAUUUCCUCCACAAUUGCCUUAAUGUGGCCAUAAUUUAGGAAAGUCUUUCACAGUCUGGGACAUUGGUUCACGACCCUGGGCCUGGGGUCACAACAGCUGAUCGAAGCUAAUACCCCUCAGCUGCCUAUUACAUUACGUCACAGGCAAAUAUCUUUACUUUCCAGAAUCUGGAGGUAUCUGUGCCAAGAUAUUUUUUUUUCUUUUCUGCCCAUAAUUGGCUAGAUGAGUCCAACUUGGAGUUACAUGUUGAGCCAUCCUCGCUUUCAGUAUUACAUUGAACCGAAUCUUCUGUUGAGCUUCGAAAGAUUCUUUAUUCUUAAUUGUUCCUCCUAUUUUUUUGUUCUGUUACAAAGCUAAUCCUGUGCAUGGAUGCAGAGUUGAGGAAUGCCCCAUGGGAAAAGGCCAGUUUUGAUGGGUUUUACAAGAGGUUAAUGGUACCAAGACAGAACGGGCAAAAUUUACACCAUCUGUCGAGAGUGUAUUGUGUGAUCAGACCUUUUUUCCCCCCAUGUAUUCAUAUUUGAGUAUAUUGAGAUUGUUUAAUAUAUGUACCCACCAGAAGUUUUCAAAAAGCUGCAUUUGACUGCAUGUUGCUUUCAGCUGAAAAGUCCUGUAAUUAUUGUCCUUACUACUCUUUUGUACCAUUACAAGUAUCACUGCCAGGUCUGUACAGGGAUGGCGAGUUGUUUAUUCUCACCGGAGUUUCUUUAUUUUACCUUUUGCUUUGCUCUAUUGCACACAGAAAUAUUUAGUUUAAGAGAAAGUUUAUUAGAAUAUUCUAAUUUUCGCAAUAUGUUUGGUGCAUCUGAUGUCUGCGUCUGUGUGACAAAGUUUUUAAGUAUCAUUCUGCGUCGGUUGUAUCUCUUUCUGUCCAUAUCUAUCAAUAUUUGUACACAAUACACCAAAGAGCCAUGGGACACAGUGAUGGCAGAAACUCUGCUUGAUGAUCAGCACCAGUUGUUCCAUUUGUCAGCAGAGCGUUCCUGCUCACGUUCACGUUUACAGCAUUCUUGGGCCCUUAAAUUUACUGUUAACUAAUAUGGAGGUGUAAUGUGCACUCACCAAUAAAUAAACUAGUCCGACCCAGGUCUGCACCUGUAUUUCGUUGAGAAGGAGGAAUGCGGUGUGGGGGUGGGAUCCAGUGGGAGGUAUGUUUGCUAUGUAUGGUUUCUCAUUAAUACGUUAAACCGUCAACAGAAGACACAGGUGAACCAUAACUGACUUUAUCUCUCCCGCGUACUUCCGUUUUUCACUUUCCUCCACCCACUCACCAUGUUUUCACUCCGCCUAAGCACCGGCGUGUUCCUUCACGCUGGAAGAAAAGGCUGGUAAGUGCCUUCCUGUAUCUCUGCUGUUGUUGUGCACGUCCUACACAUCCCUUCCUAUGUUACUGUCUUCAAUCUGGUUUACAG